AGUCACUUUACCUAAGACUUUAUUGCCGCAAUGUAUACUUCUCUAGUAGUUUUGUGUGCUUUUCUACUAGGUUUCUUUUCUUAUACAAACUCUUCAAAGAUUUCAGAUGACGUUUACCAGGUGAUGGGCGUUGACUGCCCGCCCAAUGAGAUUGUCAGCUGUACCAUCAUUAAAUGUCCUGCCGGCAGGGCAUGCCCAGCCGCAAAAUUUUGCUUUGAUCCUGAAUGUGUUUGCCGUCAAGGAUUUCGUCGGAUUAAAGGUGUCUGUAUGCCAAAGCAUAAGUCUUUGGGUCUGAGCAAAGCUAAUUUAGAAUCGUCUUUGCUGGAGAUUCCUUAUAGAGAGGAGUUUUAAUGGUAUUUAGUUGUAUUAAUGGUGCCAGAAACAUGGUCUGGCAUAAAUGUAAUUUAUAUAUAUAAGGUUU